GUCGGGAGACGCCCCACAUUUUCGCAGCGAAGAUCUCGGUGCGAGGACGAGUCAUCAUGGUUGCGUUCCGCGCGGUAGUCCUGCUGUCCUUGGCGGCGUUGUGCACCUCUGCCGCCGUCAACAAGAAGAGGGAGAACGCCGUGGACGAACUGAAGGAACUCGAGCGCUCUCUUCAACAGCUUCUUGGCAAGAAGAAUGAGAAGGCCCAGCCGGAGGCUAAGAAGUCGCUGUCUCCGGAGGAAAAGGCGAAGAGGAUCCAAGAAAGGGCCCAAUUUCAGAAGGCUCGUGGUAUGGUCCAAAAAGCAAAUGAGGCCAUCGAGAAGAAGCGGUCCAUGAUGGCAGAAAAGGCUGGCAAGGAAAAGAAAUCCGAGGACAGUCAGUCCCGUCGCGAGAUGGCGAAGAACCUGCGUGAAAUGGACCUGAAGAGGGCAGCAAAUCUGAAGAGGCAGGCAGCAAAGGCGGAGAAGAGAAUGGCUGCUGAGAAGAAGCGUUCUGAGGCACCCAAGGCACCCAAGGAGAAGCGCGCGGCCUGGGCGGACAGCUACGGGUCAUACUACGACACCUACGAUGCCCUACUACGAGGACUACGCUUUCUGUGAUGACGGAUCCAUCAUCCCGGGGAGCUGGAUGUGUGAUGACAUGGUAGACUGCACGUGUGGAGAGGACGAGGAGCACUGCGCUGACGACGAUGGCGAGUUUUGGUGCUUUGACGGGUCGGAGAUCCCUUACAGCUGGGUGUGUGACAACUACACCGACUGCAUGGGUGGCGA